UAUGAAAUUUUCUGUUAAUUUGUAUUGAACAUAGGGAGUCUAAGAGUGCAGGGCCCCCACGCGCGCAUUUUACUGCAUCAUUUUUGGAACGUCAUCUGAGAGACAUCGUAGAUUUCUUUCAGCUUCUUUCCUAGAAUAAUCUUACUAUAAGUUAAACAGAACUGAGCUCCACUCAAAAAUAACGUUUUUGCGGAAUGAAUGUCCUUCAUUUCGCAAACCAUUUAUGACUGAUCAUUUUACACAGUACUAAUAAAAUUGUUUUGAUUUUUUUAGAUAAAGCAUAUGAGGACAGUGGGGAGCGCUAAUAUUGGCCAAUGUGUCAAUAAUAUCUUGAGAAGAUUAAUGAUUGAUGAGCUGGCCAUGAAAUUCUCAUAUACUGGCCGUGCAUCAAACGGGAACACAAAAACUCCAUUUCAUGGGAGUGAGAUAUCGAAAUGCAUACUGAUUGCUGUUCAAACGUUUUUUGGUGACAUUGCAAUUGAAGUGAAAUAUGGAUCGUUGGCGUCGAAAUGGCUUCAACAAGCCAGAACAAGGUUGUUGAGAAGGACCAAGAGCAGAGAGACUACGCCUCAUGAAGCUCAAAUCGAGGACGAUAGCAGUUCAAAGUAAAAAUAUAUAAUAAGUUAUAUAUUAAAAGUUCAAUUUUUGUAAUA